AUGCCGUUCCCAGCGACCAAUGCGGGUGCGGAUCCUGAUCCUACCACCCAGAUAGCUUGGCCUUCGAGGAACGGGAAACGGCGCGAUCCUGCAUCGGACCAGGCAGAGUCUGCUGAAGAUGGACAGAGCUCUACCGCUGCUGCGGGUGGCAAGAGGACGCGGACACCUGAGCGAGACGGCGAUGGCGACAGGAGGAUGUCUACAGUGGAUCUCAUGAAGUUGAGUGUGUCCAUGGCUGGAUCGCAAGUUGCCUGGACAGUCGAGCUUGGAUACGGCACCCCGUUCCUGCUCUCACUGGGUCUGUCCGAGACGCUCACGAGCUUAGUAUGGUUGGCUGGUCCUAUCAGUGGACUAAUCGCACAACCCGUUAUUGGCGCAAUCUCUGACGCGUCUACCUCGAAAUAUCGUCGACGGUACUGGGUUGUGUUGUCUACGAUCGUACUUGUCAUCUCCACCUUGACACUCGCGUACUGCCAACAAAUUGCUGCGGUCUUUGUCGAUCUGUUCGGCGGAGGGGCCGGCAGCUGGGACCCACAAUGGAUCAAGCAGGUCCAGAACACCGCUAUUGCACUGGCUGUCAUCUCAUUCUAUCUAUUGGAUUUUGCACUCAACGCAUUGCAAGCGUCCCUGCGAAACCUACUUCUCGACAUCACUCCACCGUCUCAGUUGAACGCUGGCAAUGCGUGGCACAGUCGGAUGUUGAACGCGGGCAAUAUCCUCGGAUACGGGUUCGGAUUCUUGCCGCUUGCUAACAUGCCCAUCCUUCGUCUGCUUGGCGGUGACCAGUUCCGCAAGUUCUGCGUUGUCAGCAUGGCCAUCCUGGUAAUUACCGUGUGGAUUACAUGUUGGACACAAGAAGAGAAGGAACGCCAGUCACGGCUUAUUGAGAAAGAGAACAAACUGCGAGACGUGUUGGACAACAUCUACAAUGCGAUAGUCCACCUUCCGAAGCCGAUCAGGCGUGUUUGCUAUGUUCAGAUCUUCGCUUUCAUGGGCUGGUUUCCUUUCCUGUUCUAUGCUACUACCUACAUCGGUCAGGUGAUGGCGUAUGAGCUCCAAACUGAUCCAGACAAGGAUACAGCGACUAGGAUGGGCGAAUUCGCUAUGCUCAUAUACAGUAUCGUUGCUGUUGUCGCGGGAGCAACGUUGCCUCGACUCGCCCGACGGGACACGCGCCUCCUAGCCCAUGAGGGCGAUGACGAGGACGAGGAUGCUGAACUCGCCCGCUUGCGUGCGACGGUCAUGGAGUGGAGGUCCGACGCUGCACGCAAGGGGCAGCCCCUCCGACUCCCCUGGAUGCCGUUCUUCCUCAGGAACAUCUGGUCCGGGGCCAUGAUCUUGUUUGCCGUGAUCACAUUCUCGACGUUCUUCAUCACCAAAGUGUGGCAGGCGGUGAUUGCAGUGAGCUUGGUCGGUAUUUGCUGGGCUGUUGCUUGCUGGUGCCCAUUCGCUAUCAUCAUGGAGUUUUUGAAGGAGCGCGAGCGUGAGCACAGUGCAGAGGAGUCGGCGCCUGCUGCCGGGGAGUCUGUCAAUCGCCCAUCGCAUAGCCGCACGAGGUCGACACCCGCAGUUGUCCGUCGCCAGAGCGAUGCCAGCGAGCGCGCCCCUUUGCUCCGCCGUCGCCGUUCCUUCAACCAGGACGAGAUUGACGCGACGCCGUCGGAAACUCAGCCAUUGGCUGGAGGUACGGUCCUCGGUAUCCACAACUUGGCGAUCGUGUUCCCACAGUUCAUCGUCGCACUUGUGUCGAGCGCUAUCUUCCACGUCGUGGAUGCGGACAUUGACAACGAUCCUGCCCACCACACGACGUACUAUGGCAAGAAUGGCGUUGCCUGGGUCCUGCGCUUCGGCGGUCUCUGUGCAUUGUGCGGUGCGGCCUUCGCUCGCAUGGUUCCUCCUACCCGGACCGAAAAGGAGAUGCGCAGGCGGCUCGCGGAGCUCAAGGUCCUCCAGGAGGAAGACGCGCCCUGA